AUGACCUCCAGUGACAUGGCAAUGGGAAUGAUCUUCUUAUCUCAGACUGUGAUUGGGUUGCUGGGUAAUUUUUUCCUCCUUUACCAUUAUAGUGUUCUUUAUUUCACCAGAGGCACACUGAGGUCCACAGACCUCGUGGUCAAGCACUUGACAGUAGCCAACAUUUUGAUCUUUCUCUCUAAAGGGAUUCUGCAGACACUUUCUGCUUUGGGGGUCAACUAUUUCCUUGGUAAUAUUGGAUGCCAACUCGUUUUCUAUGUCCACAGAGUGGGCAGAGGUGUGUCUCUUGGCAGCACCUGCCUCUUGAGUAUCUUCCAGGCCUUCACCAUCAGCCCCAGAAACUCCAGGUGGGCAGAGCUGAAACUACACACUUCUCAAUACGUUGGACUGUCCCACUCCCUGAUCCUGUGCUGGAUGGUAAACAUGGUGAUGAAUAGCAUCAUUCCCAUGUAUGUAACUGGAAAGUGGGACAGCAAAAACCAUACUACAAAGAAGGAUUUUGUAUUCUGUUCUGGUGUAGGUCAUAAUAUAAUUUCAUAUUCAUUAGCUGUCAUAUUGUUUUCAUCCUAUGAUGUUCUGUGUUUGGGACUCAUGAUCUGGGCCUGCAGCUCCAUGGUUUUCAUCCUGUACAGACACAGGCAGCGGGUCCAACACAUUCACAGAACCAACCUGUCCUCAAGAUCCUCCCCCGAGUCCAGAGUCACUGAAAGCAUCCUUGUCCUGUUGAGCACCUUUAUAUCAUUUUACACGCUCUCCUACGUAUUUACAUUAUGGGUUACUCUGUUUAGUAAUCAUAGUAAGUGGCUAGUGAACAUCUCUGCACUAAUCACUGCUUGUUUUCCUACAGUCAGCCCCUUUGUUCUCAUGAGCCGAGACCCCAGAAUACCGAGGCCCAGCUCUGCCUGCUGUGAGUAG